GCAGCGGAGGUUGGCUCGCGUCGCAUCCGGUGCUCGGUGGUGUUUUCACGUGGUCGCUGACUGCACGCAGUUUUUGAAGAUGGCUGGUGACAAGCCCAACUACAAAGUCGCGGACAUCAAGCUGGCCGAAUGGGGCCGCAAGGAGAUGAUCAUGGCCGAGAAUGAGAUGCCGGGGCUGAUGGCGCUGCGCAAGAAGUACGGCCCGCUGAAGCCGCUGAAGGGCGCGCGCAUCGCCGGCUGCCUGCACAUGACCAUCCAGACGGCCGUGCUGAUCGAGACGCUUACCGAGCUCGGCGCCGAGGUCCAGUGGUCCAGCUGCAACAUCUUCAGCACGCAGGACCACGCGGCCGCCGCCAUUGCCGUCACCGGCGUGCCGGUGUACGCCUGGAAGGGCGAGACGGACGAGGAGUACGAGUGGUGUAUCGUGCAGACGCUCGUCUUCAGGAACGGCCAGCCGCUGAACAUGAUCCUGGACGACGGCGGCGACCUGACCAACCUGGUGCACGAGAAGUACCCGGAGCUGCUGAAGGACAUCAAGGGCGUCUCCGAGGAGACCACCACCGGCGUGCACAACCUCGUCAAGAUGAUGAAGGCCGGCAAGCUGAAGGUGCCGGCCAUUAACGUCAACGACUCUGUCACCAAGUCCAAGUUCGACAACCUGUACGGCUGUCGCGAGUCGCUGACGGACGGCAUCAAGCGUGCCACCGACGUCAUGCUGGCGGGCAAGACGUGCGUCGUGGCCGGCUACGGCGACGUCGGCAAGGGCUCGGCCGGCUCGCUCAAGGCGUUCGGCUCGCGCGUCAUCAUCACCGAGGUGGACCCCAUCAACGCCCUGCAGGCUGCCAUGGAGGGCUACCAGGUGACCACCAUGGAAGAGGCGGUGGCUGCCGGCGCCACCAUUUUCGUCACCACCACCGGCUGCAAGGACAUCAUCACCAGCGAGCACUUCAUGAAGAUGAAGAACGACUCGAUCGUCUGCAACAUCGGCCACUUCGACUGCGAGAUCCAGAAGGCCUGGCUGGACCAGAACGCGGUGGAGAAGAUCAACAUCAAGCCCCAGGUGGACCGCUACCGGCUCAGCAACGGCAACCACAUCAUCCUGCUGGCCGAGGGCCGGCUGGUGAACCUGGGCUGCGCCACCGGCCACCCGUCCUUCGUCAUGUCCAACUCGUUCACCAACCAGACGCUGGCCCAGAUCGAGCUGUGGACCAAGCCCGGCGCGUACUCGGUCGGCGUGCACUUCCUGCCCAAGAAGCUGGAUGAGGAGGUGGCCGCUCUCCACCUGGAGCACCUGGGAGUUAAGCUGACCAAGCUGAGAAAGGACCAGGCAGAUUACCUGGGCCUGCCCGCGGACGGGCCCUACAAGCCGGACCACUACCGCUACUAGUCGCGGUGUUGUCACCGAUCACCCACGAGGCGGCGCCACCGUCGCUCCGCCAGGUGGCGCUUCCUAAGUCUCAACAUUUGUGAUCGCUGUUUCUCGCCACUUUCUUUUGAUGGGCAUUGGGUGUUAGCGUCUGCUGUCACUGCCGCCAGAUGUGUUGGGGAAGCAGUGCUAUUUUUAACCGGCUGUGCGCCGCACGCGGGCAUCGACGGAGUCUCGGGCAUUUCCAGGACUAUCACUGGGUCCAUUGCUGCCAUUGGCACUGGUGUUGUGUGGCCUCGUUCUGCCUGCAAUAUACGUUAACAGGGACAC